UUCUCUGCCCCCAAGGUGUCUACAUGCCCUUCGGGCUGCAGGCUCCAGGGUUUGAUGUUGCAGAAGGAGCAAGAGGUGGAGAGCAGAACGAGGAUGGUGUGUGAGAGGGCACAGAGGUACAAGAGUAUGGCUGAGAAGACCAUGACCACCAUCAUUCCCAUCUACAAUGCCAACCGUCGAGUCAUAGUCAACAAAUAUGUGUCAGAACUGAAGUACGUGGAGCACGCCGACCAGCUGGCGAGGAAGCUAAGGUCAUUACGGAAACGCUCGGCCGCAUUGUCCCAAAAACUCAAGGAUCUGCAAGGGAAAGUCCAGAGACAGAUAAAGGACUUGUACCAGACUGAGGUGGACAUCGACAUCAAGUUACGAGCCUGCAGUGGCUCCUGCCACUCAGCCUUACCUUUCCACACCGACCAUCCCGGCUACAAGGCACUUGAAACAGACUUGAAGCAGUUGGCUAAGGCUUUGACACAAAGAGAGAAGGUGGCUCCGCUGGUACACAUCCCACAUAUAAAGCUGCAGCCCGUGGACCUCGGCCUGGCACCAUCCAGAGAAUACAAGACCAUUGCUGCAGUUCAGAGAGAACUGCUGACCCAGUUUGAGGACAUUGAACAGAACCAAGUGGUUCUGGAGGAGGUACUGGACGACUCUUCAGACCUGGAAGGUCAAAAUCUUUUAGAACUGGAAUAAAGAACGUUUGACUAGGAAGGUUGAAUGACUGCAACAUGAAUGAAUGAAUAAAUGAACGAAUGAACAAACGAACGAGUGACUUGUGAUUUCCUCAGCAGUUUUUCAUGUGUUUUUCAGAGGACCUCACAAAAGAAAAAAAACACACCGCUGUUGUUCAUGAUGAUUUAAGAAGUUUUCAACAAUGACUAGAUUUAGAAAAUCCUCAGAAGGUUUUGACUCUGGUGCUCUACAGUGGUAAUAAACACAACAGUUUACGGCGAUAUUCAGUUGAUGUGUCUUUUGAAGCUACCUCUUAAAUCGUUUGAGAGUAAUUCUGUGCCAAGUAAUAGUGGUCCUCCAAGCCGCCACCACCGUCUAAAUACAACCCCAAGCACAUUUUGUACAGCAGUGUUUAAAGGCCCUUAUUUUUGAAGCAGUUGUGGAUAUAUGAAGAUAAUGGUAGCAUUUUACCAAAAGUGUUUGCAUGUAUGUCCUUCACUACUAUCAUGUUGGCUUAAAUGAUGCCAGAUGAUUCCCUGUACCCAGUGACAUUAUACUAGUCGUCAAUGAUGCUCAGCCUGGAUGUCAUGAAGAACACACUCCUUCCUGUUUAAAUAAGCGUCUUUCUUUAACACCGUAUGGAAAUAAAUGUCAUAUGGAAAUAAAUCCAAUGUUCUGAAUGUAAUGUUCAUUACUACUUUCCAACAGGUUAAGAAUAGAUGCAAGAAACUUAUUAAGAGAUGUUAUAGGUCAAUGAGUUAAUCAUAUAAACGGUAGGCCAUAGUGGCACAUCCUGUUUAUGUAUCUUAGGUAAACCAUACAGACUAGGUGUAGCUUCCCCUGGGUAUA